AUGUGGGCGUCUCCAACAAUAAACCUUGAUCUUAGGCUUUCAGCGGCAGAUACUGUGGGCACCAGAAAGAGAAAAAGAGAUGUUGAUGUGUGUGGAAUUCAGGUGGUGGCUGCGGGCGCUAAGUUCAAUUUGAGAAGAGGCAAUGGUUCUUCUCAUAAUUGUAUCAAUGGUUACAGCAGUGAUGGAGAACUUUCCAGAAUUAGUAAGAGUGGCUUUUUUUCAUCAUCAGUGACAGAGGUGGAUAGAGACCCUUCUUGUGUUUCAUUCACCACUUUCAACAUUCUGGCUCCGAUUUACAAACGGAUUGAUCCACAGAACCAAGGCCCACGAGAAAGUGACUGCAGAUCAUUCUGGUUGUCCAGAAAUGAGAGUAUUCUCGAUUGCUUGCUUUCUGAAUCAUCUUCCAUCAUUUGCCUCCAGGAAUUUUGGGUUGGAAAUGAAGAGCUUGUUCACAUGUAUGAGGAGAGACUUGGAGAUGCUGGCUACAAUCUCUUCAAGCUUGGUCGAACCAACAAUCGUGGAGAUGGUCUGCUGACUGCUAUACAUAAAGAACGUCUAAGAGUUGUGGAUUAUCGAGAGUUGCUUUUCAACGAUUGUGGCGAUCGUGUUGCUCAGUUGCUACACGUUCAGUCAGUUGCCCCCUUUCAAAAUCAAAAAGGCAGUGUUCCCCAAGAGUUUUUGAUUGUGAACACCCACUUGUUAUUUCCUCAUGAUUCAAGUCUUUGUGUUGUGAGAUUGAAUCAGGUGUACCAAAUAUUGAAAUAUGUAGAAUUGUAUCAGAGAGAAAACAGGCUCAAACCCAUGCCUAUUAUACUCUGUGGCGACUGGAAUGGCAGCAAGCGUGGGCAUGUUUACAAGUUCCUUAGGUCACAGGGGUUUGUAUCCUCAUAUGAUAUUGCUAAUCAAUACAGUGACAGUUAUGCAGAUGCUCACAAGUGGGUUAGUCACCGAAAUCAUAGAGGUAAUAUCUGUGGAGUUGACUUCAUUUGGCUUUGCAAUCCCAAUCAAGCACGUAAACCUUUGAAGACCAGUUGGGCUGAAGCUGUAUUUAGUAUACUAAAAUUCCAGUUGCGAAAAGCAUCAUUAUCUGAAGAUGAUGCAUUUGCCUUUCUAAAGGGUGACAACUAUGCUGAUUCUGUGACAUAUUUUAGUUUCUCCGAAGCUCUUCGUCAGGUAAAGUUAAUUGGUGUGCCUUAUGGACUAUGCUUUCAACAAUUACAAGAUCUAUGGAAUCAAGCAGAUAUUGAUGGAAAUGGUGUCAUCGACUUUGAAGAAUUCAAGCAGAAGAUUUGGAAUUCUGCAUGUCCAGAGCAUGUGCUGGAAAAUUUGAAUGGGUGCAUGGAAGAUGGUAACGCAGAAUUGGAGCAGCAAGAAGCUAUUGGAUUUCAUAUAAAGAAUGCAAUGCUGUAUCCGCGUGAAGUGGAGAAAGGACUAUGGCCAGAAGAUUAUUCCCUCUCUGAUCAUGCUAGACUCACAGCUGUGUUUUCACCAGCUAGGAUGAGAUGUUCUGGCACACAAAACUGA